AACAAGAACGGGGCUCGCAGCCGUUUUCGCCGUCCGUCUUCGUGUCCGUGACGCAAAAUUGUUAGUUUUAUGCUACUCCCCGCACCCACACAAGAAGCAGCAGCAGUAGAGUGCGUAGCAUAUCCAGGAUGAGUGUUUUACCGUUUGUCCGCGGCGUUGAUUUUACGAAAAAUGAUUUCAGCAAAACAUUCCCCAGCUCCAUGCGGCAAAUGUCGCGCGUCCAGUGGCUAACACUAGACCACACACAGCUGCAGCAAAUACCCGAGGAGCUGGGCCAUCUUCAGAAGCUGGAGCACCUCUCCCUAAAUCAUAAUCAUCUGGAAAAGCUCUUUGGCGAACUAACGGAACUGACGUGCCUGCGCUCAUUAGAUUUGCGCCACAAUCAGCUGAAGAACAGCGGCAUACCCCCAGAGCUGUUCCAGCUGGAGGAGCUAACCACAUUGGAUUUGUCGCACAACCGGCUAAAGGAAGUGCCCGAGGGUCUGGAGCGUGCCAAGAAUCUAAUUGUGCUCAAUCUGAGCUUCAAUCAAAUUGAGAGCAUACCCACGGCGCUGUUCAUACAUCUGACGGAUCUGCUCUUUCUCGAUUUAUCGCACAAUCGCCUAGAGACGCUGCCGCCGCAAACGCGCCGUUUGACCAAUUUAAAGACGCUGGACUUGUCCGGCAAUCCGCUGGAGCUGUUCCAGCUGCGUCAGCUGCCCUCGCUGCAGAGCCUCGAGGUGCUCAAAAUGAGCAACACACAGCGCACGCUCCUCAACUUUCCCACUAGCAUCGACAGUCUGGCCAAUCUUGUGGAGCUGGAUCUCUCGCACAAUGCACUGCCAAAGCUGCCCGACUGCGUCUACAAUGUGGUUACGCUGGUGCGCCUCAAUCUCAGCGACAAUGAGAUUAACGAGCUCAGCUCCAGCAUGGACCAGUGGCAGCGUCUCGAGUCGCUGAUUUUAUCACGCAACCAGCUGACUGUCCUGCCCGCCGCCCUCUGCAAGCUGUCGCGGCUACGACGCCUCUUUGUCAACGAUAACAAACUUAACUUUGAGGGCAUACCGUCGGGCAUUGGCAAGCUUGGCGCCCUUGAGUGCUUCUCGGCGUCGAACAAUCUGCUCGAGAUGGUGCCCGAGGGCCUGUGCAGAUGCGGCGCGCUCAAGCAGUUGAAUUUGAGCAGCAAUCGGCUAAUAACACUGCCCGAUGCCAUACAUCUGCUAGAGGGGCUCGAUCAGCUGGAUUUGCGCGACAAUCCGGAGCUGGUGAUGCCGCCCAAGCCCAGUGAGGCCAGCAAAGCGACCAGCCUGGAGUUCUACAACAUUGAUUUCUCGCUGCAGACGCAACUACGACUGGCUGGGGCCGCUGUGCCGCCCUCGAUACCGGCCGCGCCGACGCCCAAGGAUGCGACGGCACGCAAGAUACGUUUGCGACGGGGUCCGCGUACGGAGGGCCAGGAUGGCGGUCAGGAUGCGGCCAAGGUGCUAAAGGGUAUGAAGGACGUGGCCAAGGACAAAGAGAAGGACGACAUGGAUGCGUUGCCCACAGAGUCAUUGAAGCCGAAACGUUGGGACGAAUCAUUGGAGAAGCCACAGCUGGACUAUUCCAAGUUCUUUGAGAAGGAGGAUGGCCAGCAGCCGGGCCUAACCAUCUGGGAGAUCGAGAACUUUCUGCCCAACAAAAUCGAGGAGGUGGUGCAUGGCAAAUUCUACGAGGGCGACUGCUACAUUGUCCUUAAGACCAAGUUCGAUGAGCUGCACACACUCAACUGGGAGAUCUACUUCUGGAUUGGUAACGAGGCGACGCUGGACAAGCGCGCCUGUGCCGCCAUCCAUGCCGUCAAUUUGCGUAAUUAUCUGGGCGCACGAUGUCGCACGAUACGCGAGGAGCAGGGCGACGAAUCCGAUGAAUUUCUGGCCCUAUUCGAGGCGGAAGUGAUUUAUAUUGAGGGUGGACGCACUGCUACCGGCUUCUAUACCAUCGAGGAGAUGAUACACAUAACACGGCUUUAUCUGGUCCAUGCAUAUGGGGCUAGCAUUCAUUUAGAGCCAAUGGCUGUGGUUGUGCAAUCGCUGGAUCCGCGGCACGCCUUCCUCCUGGAUGUGGGCACACGGAUACAUAUCUGGCUGGGCAAGCGUUCCAAGAACACGCUCAACUCUAAGGCGCGCCUCAUGGCCGAGAAGAUCAACAAGACGGAGCGCAAGAAUAAGUGCGAAAUUCUGGUCGAUAUGCAGGGUGCAGAGAGUCCAGAAUUUUGGGAAGCAUUCGAUAUACUGCCGGAGGAGGUGGCCGAUCUGCCGCCGCCCGAGGAGCACAUCGAUGAGAACUAUGCGCCAGUACAGCCGCGCCUCUAUCAGGUGCAGCUGGGCAUGGGCUAUCUGGAGCUGCCGCAGGUGGAGUUGCCCGAGCAGAAGCUCAGCCACACGCUGCUCAACAGCAAGCACGUUUACAUCCUCGACUGCUAUACGGAUCUGUUUGUCUGGUUUGGCAAGAAGUCGACCCGAUUGGUGCGCGCCGCCGCCGUCAAGCUGAGCCGCGAGCUGUUCAACAUGCUGGAGCGGCCGGAUUGUGCGCUGGUCAUGCGCGUACCGGAGGGCAACGAGAUGCAGAUCUUUCGCACCAAAUUCCCCGGCUGGGAUGAGGUGAUGGCUGUUGAUUUCACACGCACCGCCAAAUCGGUGGCCAAAACGGGCGCCAAUUUGACGCAAUGGGCGCGCAAACAGGAGACACGCACAGAUCUGGCGGCGCUGUUUAUGCCACGCCAGAGCGCGAUGCCCCUGGCCGAGGCCGAGCAGCUGGAGGAGGAAUGGAACUACGAUCUCGAGAUGAUGGAGGCCUUUGUGCUCGAGAACAAGAAGUUUGUCCGGCUGCCCGAAGAGGAGCUCGGACAUUUCUAUACGGGCGAAUGCUAUGUCUUCCUCUGCCGCUACUGUAUACCCGUCGACGAUGUUGAUGGUGGCGAAGGUGGCGCGGAGCCGAAUGGCGAUGAUAGCAAAUCGUCGCCGCCCGAGGAUGAGAUCGAGUGUGUUGUCUACUUCUGGCAGGGACGCAAUGCCGGCAACAUGGGCUGGCUGACCUUUACGUUUACACUGCAGAAGAAGUUCAAGGCAAUGUUCGGCGAGGAGCUGGAGGUCAUGCGCAUCUUUCAGCAGCAGGAGAACCUCAAGUUCAUGUCACACUUCAAGCGCAAGUUCAUCAUCCACACGGGUAAGCGCAAGGACAAGGCGCUCACGCCCGAUGGUAAACCCGCCGUUGAGUUCUUCCAUUUGCGUUCCAAUGGCGGCGCAUUGACCACACGACUCAUACAAAUCCAGCCGGAUGCAGUGCAUCUGAACUCGGCAUUCUGCUAUAUUCUUCAUGUGCCAUUCGAAACGGAGGACGAGUCACAGUCGGGCAUUGUGUACGUUUGGCUGGGCAGCAAAGCGUGCAACGAGGAGACAAAACUGGUGCAGGAUAUAGCCGAACAGAUGUUCAACAGUCCCUGGGUGAGCCUGCAGAUACUCAACGAGGGCGACGAACCGGAAAACUUCUUCUGGGUGGCGCUGGGCGGUCGCAAGCCAUACGACACGAAUGCCGAUUAUAUGAACUACACGCGACUGUUUCGCUGCUCCAACGAGCGGGGCUAUUAUACGGUGGCCGAGAAGUGCGCAGACUUCUGUCAGGACGAUUUGGCCGAUGAUGAUAUUAUGAUACUCGACAAUGGUGAGCACGUCUUUCUUUGGAUGGGGCCGCGUUGCAGCGAGGUGGAAGUGAAGCUGGCCUACAAAUCGGCCCAGGUCUACAUACAGCACAUGCGCAUUAAGCAGCCGGAACGACCGCGCAAACUGUUCCUCACCAUGAAAAACAAGGAGUCGCGACGUUUUACAAAGUGCUUCCAUGGCUGGAGCGCGUUUAAGGUGUACAUUUAAAAGCCGUGCGGUGCCGUGACAGAGUAGCCGCCGGACAUGACAAUUUUCGACUGCAAUAUAUAUACACAC